UUGCUCGACUAUUUGGCACUGCAUACCUUAAGGUUGGUUCAAUUGAUAGAGCUAAAAAAUCAUUCGAAUCUUGUGGCAUCUGGCCUUUUUAACGAUCAGACUUUUUCCGAUGAAAAUUUUGCUCCUGCAAAUGUCACUGACCGUCCCAAUCCAACUGCAGAAACUUCAAGUACAGGCGAAGCCCUUAAUAGUUCAAAUCUAGCUGUUGAAUUGCCACUUACAACUACAGAAACUGUUACCCAAGUUGUCUCAUCACCUAUACCCGUCAAUAUUAAUAUUUCAGCUCCAGAUAUAGCAUUGUCUCAACUCGGAGGAACCGAAACCCUUGAAUCAACCGAGAAUCACCAGGAAGUAAUAACAACACCAGAAAAUGACGAGCCAACACCAUCCAAAUCAUCUUUUCUUAGACCAGAAGACAUCUUACCAUUACCAAAGUCAAACAUUCAGAAAAAAAAGAAACAUAAAACGUAA